CAGCGUCUACACACACACACACACACACACACACACACACACACACACACACACACACACACACACACACACACACAUUAAAGCCGACAUUACAUGGUAACAUUUCACCAGAGGGGGAUUUAAUGUGGAUAUAAAGAUGGUUAAUCAGCUCCGGAUAUGAGACUGUAAAAUACAGCAGGUCACGUGUUCAUCUGUGUUUCUGUGAUGAACACAAACUUCAUUCAGAAAAUGGCGUUUUUGUGUUUUUAGACAUGAGCUCUGAGCUGCAGUAACAUUCUGUCUCUGGAGAAGCAUCAUGGAAGCUGGAACUGACAUACAGGGAGAUCCAGACAAGCCUCUGCAUCAUGUGGAGAACAAAGAGCAUCCUGCUUCCUCAGGUGGUGUGACACCUGGUGAUGAUGGGGGUGCUCUGACUCCUGGGAGGAUGAAGAAGGAGGCAGGGCUUCAUUCAGUCAACAAAGACCUCAUCACCAGCAACACCCUCAGCCCUGCGUCCAAUACAGGACAUGGUUUUGAACGGAAGGAGGACAUCUUACCUCAGAAAGAAGAUUCGUCUCUGUCCAUAUCAAAAAGCAAGUCUGAGUCUAAGCUGUAUAAUGGAUCAGAUAGAGAUGUUUCAGCCUCAGCUAACAAGCUCACCAAGAAAGAGUCUCUCAAGGUCCAGAAGAAGAACUAUAGGGAGGAGAAGAAGCGAGCAACUAAAGAGCUGCUGAGCACAAUCACUGAUCCCUCAGUUGUUGUCAUGGCAGACUGGCUUAAGAUCCGUGGCUCUUUGAAGAGCUGGACAAAGCUGUGGUGUGUGUUGAAGCCAGGUGUGUUACUGAUCUAUAAGAGUCAGAAAAGUGACCAGUGGGUUGGGACGGUGCUACUGAGCGCGUGCGAACUAAUCGAGAGGCCGUCAAAGAAAAACGGCUUCUGCUUUAAGCUGUUCCACCCACUGGAACAGUCCAUAUGGGCCAUCAAGGGCCCUAAAGGAGAGACUGUUGGUUCCAUCACACAGCCUCUACCCAGCAGUCACCUGAUAUUUCGAGCUGCCUCAGAGUCAGAUGGUCGUUGCUGGAUGGACGCUCUUGAACUGGCUCUGAAAUGUUCCAGUCUGCUAAAGAGAACAAUGAUCCGUGAGGGAAAAGAGGAAACAACUGAACACACACACAUCAACUUCUACAGCCUGUUGAGAUCACACAACCUGCAUGAAAGUGACCAGUUUAAGGAUGAGCUGAACUCAGAUAAGUCAGAUAGAGAGAUAGAGCAGGACGAGUGGGAGAAAAGUGAUGAGAGCGACAGUGACACCAGCGAACGACAGGAAGAAUCGUAUGCAGACCUGGAACAUGACACACUGAGGGAAACUCUUUACAUGGAGCAGAGCCAUGAGGAGCUGGGCGAGGCAGGUGAGGCAUCUCAGACAGAAACAGUGUCUGAGGAGAAUAAGUCUCUGAUCUGGACACUGCUAAAACAGGUUCGACCUGGAAUGGAUCUGUCCAAAGUGGUCUUGCCCACGUUCAUCCUGGAGCCCAGAUCAUUCCUGGACAAACUGUCUGACUACUAUUACCAUGCUGACUUCCUGUCUGAGGCAGCAUUAGAAGAAAACGCCUAUAACCGCAUAAAGAAGGUGGUGAAGUGGUACAUCUCUGGGUUCUACAAGAAACCACAAGGUCUGAAGAAACCAUACAACCCCAUCUUAGGAGAAACAUUUCGUUGCAUGUGGAUUCACCCAAAGACCAACAGCAAAACAUUUUACAUUGCAGAGCAGGUUUCUCAUCAUCCUCCAGUUUCUGCCUUCUAUGUCAGUAACAGGAAGGACGGAUUCUGUCUGAGUGGGAGCAUCCUGGCCAAAUCAAAGUUCUACGGAAAUUCUCUGUCAGCUAUUUUGGAUGGAGAAGCCAGACUGACCUUCCUAAACCGAGGAGAAGAUUACAUCAUGAACAUGCCAUAUGCACACUGCAAAGGUAUCCUGUAUGGGACGAUGACGCUGGAGCUUGCAGGUCAGGUCACCAUCUCCUGUGAAAAAACAGGCUACAGUGCACAACUGGAGUUCAAACUGAAGCCGUUUCUUGGCAGUAGUGACAGUGUGAAUCAGAUCAGUGGCAAAAUUAAACUGGGGAAGGAAGUGCUGGCAACACUGGAGGGACACUGGGACAGUGAGAUCUUCAUGAAUGAUAAAAAGUCAGCCGUAUACGAGACGUUCUGGAACCCGACUCUGGAGCUCCGUCAGAGCCGCCUGACCCGCUGCACUGUCACCCCGGAGGAACAGGGGGACUUUGAGUCUGAGAGGCUGUGGCAGCAUGUGACUCGUGCUAUACUGAAUAAAGACCAGACGGAGGCAACCAAUGAAAAGUUUGUUUUAGAGGAAGUUCAGAGGAAGUGUGCACGAGAGAGGAAGCUGAAGAAUGAACAGUGGAAGCCGGUGCUAUUUGAACAGGAUCCCAGCGGUGGAGACUGGCACUACAGAUACGCAGACACUCGUCCAUGGGAUCCUCUGAAUGAUUUGGUGCAGUUUGAG